CGAUACCAGUAGAGUUAGAAGUGAAGAGGUGGAGGAGGGUGUUUGUUGAAUGUUUAAGAGAGUAAAAGGAAGAAGAAGGAGGAGACAGGAGCUGAAUUGCACACGCUAAUCAUGAGGAAGCGGGAUUUGGCCAUUCUCAUGCUCUCCGCUUUCGCUAUUUUCUUCACUCUUCAGCAAGAUGGCGGUAUUUCGUUCAAAGAUGCGUGGGUGCACCUAACCGAUGAAUAUCCAAUCAAAUACGAAGCCGAACGCCUUCCGCCGCCGCUCGUCGCCGAUCUCAACGGUGACGGCAAGAAGGAAGUUCUUGUAGCUACUCACGACGCCAAAAUUCAGAUUUUGGAGCCCCAUAGCAGGCGUGUCGAUGAAGGGUUCAGUGAGGCGCGUGUGUUGGCCGAGGUGUCUCUGUUGCCAGACAAAGUCCGUGUCAUGUCUGGCAGACGCCCUGUUUCUAUGGCCACUGGCUAUAUUGACCGUUAUAAAAUUGGGCAGCCGCAGAAGCAGGUUUUGGUUGUAGUAACGUCGGGGUGGUCUGUAAUGUGUUUUGAUUCCAACCUUCAAAAGCUGUGGGAAAAUAAUUUACAGGAGGAUUUUCCACAUAAUGCUCACCAUAGGGAAGUUGCAAUCUCUAUAAGCAAUUACACUCUAAAGCAUGGCGAUACAGGAUUGAUAAUUGUUGGUGGCAGGAUGGAAAUGCAGCCACAUCUUUUUAUGGAUCCUUUUGAAGAAAUGGGGAUGGGAGCCAGAUUUUCAGAGCAACAUAGAAGAAGUACUGCUGAAAAGGAGGCUUCUGAAAAUUCUGGAAAUGUGGAUUUACGCCAUUUUGCAUUUUAUGCAUUUGCUGGUAGAUCUGGCGUUGAACGAUGGAGCCGAAAAAAUGAGUCUUCAGAUGUAUUGCAAUUACUUCCGCAUCAUAACUACAAGCUUGAUGUUCAUGCUCUGAAUACCCGUCAACCUGGAGAGUUUGAAUGCAGGGAAUUCAGAGAAUCAAUUCUGGGAGUUAUGCCUCAUCAAUGGGCUAGGAGAGAAGAUACUUUGUUGAAGCUUGCCCACUUCAGGCGGCACAAAAGGAAAGCAUUGAAGAGAACACCUGGAAAGGCUAUGAGUUACCCUUUUCACAAGCCUGAGGAAAACCAUCCUCCAGGGAAGGACUCAACCAAAAAAAUUUCAAACAUAAUUGGGAAAGCAGCAAAUUAUGCUGGUUCAGCUAAAUCGAAGAAGCACCUUCCUUAUGUUCCCACGAUAACCAACUACACUCAGGUUUGGUGGGUACCUAAUGUUGUAGUGGCUCAUCAAAAGGAGGGCAUAGAAGCUCUUCAUCUGGCAUCUGGUCGAACAAUAUGCAAGCUUCAUCUCCAGGAAGGUGGUCUACAUGCUGAUAUUAAUGGUGAUGGAGUUCUAGAUCACGUGCAGGCUGUUGGAGGAAAUGGUGCUGAACAGACUGUAGUUAGUGGGUCAAUGGAAGUGCUACGUCCUUGUUGGGCUGUUGCAACGUCUGGUGUACCAAUACGGGAACAACUCUUCAAUGUAUCUAUUUGUCAUUAUACCCAUUUUAACUUAUUCCAACAUGGAGAACUUUAUAGAAGCUACAAUCAAGGUUCAGAUAUUGCUUCUUUAGAGGUAGCAACCCCUAUUCUAAUUCCUAGGAGUGAUGGUCAUAGGCAUCGGAAGGGAAGCCAUGGUGAUGUUAUCUUCUUGACGAACCGGGGGGAGAUUACAUCGUACUCCCCUGGCUUGCAUGGUCAUGAUGCUGUUUGGCAGUGGCAACAAUCAACUGGUGUUACAUGGUCCAAUCUGCCUUCCCCGUCAGGAAUGAUGGAAGGUGGUCAGGUGAUUCCCACACUAAAGCCUCUUUCCUUGCGGUUGCAUGAUAAUCAGGAAAUGAUCCUUGCAGCCGGCGAACAAGAAGCCGUGGUAAUAUCACCUGGAGGUAGUUUAUUGGCCACAAUUGAGCUUCCUGCUCCACCAACACAUGUCUUGAUCUGUGAGGACUUUUCAAAUGAUGGGCUCACUGACCUUAUUAUUGUCACCUCUAAUGGAGUGUACGGCUUUGUUCAGACCAGGCAACCAGGUGCUCUCUUCUUCAGCAUGCUGGUUGGUUGUCUCAUAGUCGUGAUGGGGGUUAUAUUUGUCACCCAGCACUUGAAUUCCACCAAGGGGAAGCCUCGUCCCUCAUCUGGUCCUCGGUGAAAAGCUGGACCUGAAAUUUAUACUAACUUUGAAGAAACAGAAAACAGUCAGGUGUGCGCAACCAUUGGAGAAUCACGAGUAUUCAAAAUGCGUAGAAUUUAUGGAAUUUGGAGGAGGUGCCGAACAGUCUUGGACUGUUGAUUGUAAAAUUUGGACAGAGUGUAGGAAAUUUGAUGUUAUAAUAUUAUGAGGAAACUUAUACUGUCUCCACUUCCGGGAUUUUUGACUGCCGUUUUGAGGAAGCUACACUGUUACUGUACACACUUGUCACCUGUUCAGAAUUAGUUGAUGCACAAGAGAUGCCUUUUUUCCCAAGGAUUUUCUUGCUUUAA